AAGAACGAGGCGCUCUUAUUUUGGUAAGGCUUAAAGGAAGUAGGAGUUAUAGCAGUGCUAACGUGUUUGCUAACAGCCUCUCUGUAAAGACUUUCAUUCUUUCAUUGUUGUCCGCUGUGAACCCUAACGGUGUGUAGUUAAUGAAUGAAAAAAAACAAAAAAACAAAGACCAAUCAUUUAAUAACACGAUGAUGACAUUCAAACCACUCUUAUCAGGCAGUUUGUCAACCUCUCAAACAGUUAGCUGUAGCUGUUAGCGGUCGGUUGCCUGACAACGGGUCGAGAAGCUAAACAAAGCUACCAGGAGCUAACGCCGAGACACCGAGGUUUUCUCUUGUUUUAUCUGAUGGUGAUGGCGGAUGAUGGGCGCCGCCUGGAGGACGAUGACCGCGGGCCGGGAGCCGCUCAGCAGGUGUUCGUGUUGAUGGAGGGUUUACUGGAGAAACUGAAGGUGUUGAACUACGAGGAGGAAGUUCUGAGCAAACACAACAUGAAGAGCCUGUCCAGACAUUAUUUUGUCUCCAGUCCAUAUCUGGGCUCCAACCCCGGUGAACAGUUCUACAUGUUUACCAUCAUCGCAGCCUGGCUCAUCAACGCAGCAGGUCGGCCGUUCACCGAGCCGCAGGAGUACGACGAACCCAACGCCACCGUGUCCAACAUCCUGUCAGAGCUGAGAGCUUUUGCUCCAUAGGUAGAGUUCCCUCCCUCCAAACUUAAAUCUGGCUCAGGUGAGUUCGUGUGCCUGGUUCUGGAUCGUCUGGCAGAGGAAGCUGUGAGGAGGCGUGGCUUCAGUUUCAAAAGGCCGGUCUACCCGGCUGAAACCACAGAGGAAGAGUCGGUUCUGGAGGACGACGCCGAGCUCACACUCAGCAAAGUGGAAGAGGAGAUGAUGGAGGAGCCUGAGGAGGAGGAGGAGGAGGAGAACGUGAUGGACCUGGAGUCUCUGAAGUUACGCACCAGUGGAGUUGACGUGGAACCCUCGUCCAGACCUGAGGACAUCCUGGAGGCCACGGUGGACUCUGGAGAGUGGAACCUGGAGGUGGAGCGAGUCCUGCCUCAGCUGAAGGUCACUGUCAGGAUGGACAACAAGGACUGGAGGAUCCAUGUGGACCAGAUGCACCAGCACAGAGAGGGGAUCAGGUCUUCACUGAGAGAGGCCAAGGGCCUCCUGGACAAACUGCAGGAGGACAUCAGUAAGAGUCUGGAGAAGGUGGGCAGCAGAGAGAAGUACAUCAACAACCAGCUGGAGCAGCUGAUCCAGGAGUACCGUGGAGCUCAGGCCAAACUCAGCCAGGUGAAGGAGUGUUACCACCAGGCCAGUGGAGGAGUAACUGAGAGAACCAGAGUGUUGGCCGAGGUCAGUGAGGAGCUGGAGAAGGUGAAGCAGGAGAUGGAGGAGAAAGGGAGCAGCAUGUCAGACGGAGCUCCGGUGGUGAGGAUCAAGCAGAGUCUGACGAAGCUGAAGCAGGAGUUGGUCCAGAUGGACGUGAGGACGGGCGUGGUCCAGCACACGCUGCUCCAGGCCAAGCUCAGAGAGAAGUCCAACAUGACCAGAGACAUGCACGCCACUAACAUCCCCGAGCCGGCCGCCCUCACCGCCACCAACAGCCCCGGGCCCUUCAUGUAGACCUGAG